AAAGUUGGAUUUGAAGCCAAAAUGGCGACCUGCAUGUUGUCGUCAAAGAUGUCGCCCUUGGUGGCACCCAUCAUUCGUUUACUACUGAAAGAGCAAUGCUAUUCACCAAGAAGGACAUGUAACGGUGUGCAAGAAAUUUCAAGACGAGGCUACUCGGCGGAUGCUCUCUCCCUGCCGGCUGCAGAAGAUGGCAAUGCCGCCGCAGCAUACAGCGGACCGCUGGAGCACUACAACAGUUUGGUAUGGGACGGGGUUCUCCGAGAGGACCCGCAUCAAAUAGCCGUUGUUAAGACGCUGGAUAAAAUGCACAAAACCCUACGAGGUUACACCAACCAGUCUUCAUCACUAUUUUCAAAGAUUUUCUCUAAGCCGAAGCCUCCAAAAGGCUACUACAUAUAUGGUGAUGUAGGGACAGGUAAAACAAUGGUAAUGGACAUGUUCUACUCGCAUGUGGAAACAGAAAAGAAAAAGAGGGUACAUUUCCAUGGCUUCAUGUUAGAUGUACAUAAUAGGAUACAUCGCCUUAAAAAGAGUCUGCCAAAGAGGAAAGCUGGGAGAAUGGCUAAAGCCUAUGACCCAAUUGCACCAGUAGCAGAGGAGAUCAGUGAAGAGGCCUGUCUGUUGUGCUUUGAUGAGUUUCAGGUGACAGACAUUGCAGAUGCCAUGAUCCUGAAACAGCUGUUUGAAAACCUCUUUAAGAACGGUGUUGUUGUAGUGGCCACAUCCAACCGGCCCCCUGAGGAUUUGUAUAAGAAUGGACUACAAAGGGUGAACUUUGUGCCAUUCAUUGCUGUGUUGAAGAACUAUUGCCAUGUGCUUCGGCUGGACUCCGGGAUAGACUAUCGCAGGAGAAACCGACCCUCAGCUGGGAAACUGUAUUUCCUCUCAAGUGAGCCUAAUGCGGACGCGACACUGGACAAGAUGUUUGACGAGCUGGCCUUCAAACAGAACGACAUAACACGGCCAAGGACUUUGAAACUACUAGCCAGGGAAGUGACUUUAAUGAAAGCCUGUGGAACUAUAGCAGACUGUACGUUUGAGGAGUUGUGUGAUAGACCAUUGGGUGCCAGUGACUACUUGGAAAUCUCAAGGCAGUUUGAUACUGUCUUCAUCCGGAACAUUCCCUUGCUUAAUUUAAACAAGAAGACACAAGCUAGACGCUUGAUUACACUCAUAGAUGCCUUCUAUGAACACAAGGUCCGAGUUGUAAUUCUGGCUGAUCAACCUCUGGAUGACAUCUUUGUGCAGGACGGAAAUUCCGAACACCACCAUCAUGAAAUCAUGGAUGAGCUUAACCUAAAAACAGAUGAGUUGUCCAUCUUCAGUGGAGCUGAGGAGAUCUUUGCUUUCCAGAGGACACUGUCUCGUCUCACUGAGAUGCAGACUGAAGAGUACUGGCUGGAAGGGGACAGGAGCACCACUGCCACAUAACUGUACAACUGCCCAUCAACCAUUACAGCACGAACCAUUUGACGGGAUCAGUUUGAACAAGGCAAGGCGUAAAAUCAUGUUGGUCACACAAUGGGUAUGGCGAUUUUGUAGAUCAGUGAUUCUGCGUCAUACUGCAAUGUGGUCAAACACGCACAUACACUUCCAAGAAGGACUCAACAAAUAUAUUUAUUAUACUAUGAAAGUAUGAAUUCAGUGCAUUAAGAUUUUACUUUGCAGUUGCACUUUACAAAACUGACCUUAUUGUACACAAUAUGAUGGUAAGCCUUUGGUAUUAGUGGUUUUUGUCUGUGCUGUACACAUGGAGUAGAAACUUUCAAAAAAACAUUUAAGGGAAUCCUCUUAUAUAAAUGGAACCCUUGGUUCUUAAGGUUCAUUGCUAAAUUUAUUUUACUGAAAUAUGCUGAUGGUUAGGGUUGUUUGUUUUAAUAAGUAAUGUACUGUAUUUUAUUUGAAAUGUGAUGAUUUGUACCGUAGUUAAUAUCAUUGAUGUCUAAUAAGGCUGCUUGUUUCUGAUGGUAAAAGCAACAUCCUGCAACACCAGCCUUUGUUUAAUGGAAGUCAGUCUGGGUAGUGCUAUUAUGCCUUCUCUUUUCACUCUUUGUUCUGCUCAACAACAAAAAACGAUGGAAACGUGCACAAACAGUAGGACUGUCCUAGAAAAAACGAAUCAGCCUAUUGGGCACCAAAGGGCUUCAGAGUGAGUUUUAUAUUGGGUUGGUGUUUGCAAAGUGUUGUUGUGGGGGGGGGGGACCAAUUUAUCUGCUUCUAAAAUUGGGGAGGACAUGCCCUCUCCCACGGGGCACCACUUUGGAGUUUGACAUGAGAAUAUCUUGACUGCAGUACUCUAAUUUUGGGUUCAAGUGAUUUUAUGUAAGUAUUGUAAUUAUUUAAAACGCCAAGAUGUACCCUUGUAACUUUUGUAAUUCUAUAAAAUGAUGACACCAUCAUUGUGUUCAAUUA